GUCCGAAAGAGAGAAACAUAGAAAUCAAGUGAGUGAGAAUUGAGAAAGGCAGAGAGAGAGAAAGAUGCGGUGUUACGGCAUAAGCAUUCCGGGAAGCGAGCAGCGGUUCUGGGCGGCGGGGGGGAGUCGGGUGUUGGGCCGGCCCAGCGGGAGGCGGCCCUGGCCCAGGCCCAGUAGCCGAAUCGCGUUUCCUCGGGCAACCCUAAGGGAGGGUUUGGUAAUGGAAGUCAGCUUCUACGACCUAUUGGGGAUACCGGAAUCGGGUUCCAUCACGGAGAUCAAGAGCGCGUACAAGCAACUCGCGCGCAAGUACCACCCUGACGUGUCGCCCCCCGAUAGGGUGGAGGAGCACACCAAGAGGUUUAUUCAGCUGCAGGAGGCCUACGAGACCUUGUCUGAUCCCUCGCGAAGAGCCAUGUACGACAGAGACAUGGCCAAGGGCAUUAGCUUCGCUUUCGCUGCUCGCCGACGCUAUAACUAUCACGACCAGGUGGUUGAACAAAAAAGUGAAUGGAAAGGUCGGUGGCAAACUCAACUAUCAGAGCUGAAGAGAAGAAGUAGCAGUAAGGAUGCUGGAGGGAAUAUGUCAUGGGCAGCUCGAAUGCGCCAGCAGAGGGAUGAAUCAUGACUAGGACUUCUCUUAGUUCUCUCUAUGUAACUAAUUGUAUAUAUGCAUGUGUACAUCUUCCUACUCUAGAUCAAAUCAAAUAUAAAUUUAAUGUUGAGUAUA